GACAUGCAGAUGCGAGGCAAUUUACAUUCUGCAGAAGAGUUAUACUAACAUUUUUCCAUGCGAUUAUUUCAAUUUUAAGAUCUGUUUUUUAUUUAUUUAUUUUUAUUAAUAAUAAAUAUAAAAGCUAAACCAUGACAUCAAUAGAUGAUGUUACCGACAAAUUUGCUAAAGCAAGAGUUGACAAUAAAUUUGAACUUAGUUUUAAAGGAAGAGGAUUGAAAUUAAAUUCGCGAGAAGAUGCAAAAGAGAUUGUCGACGCAAUCAGAAAAUGUAGUAAUUUAACAGCCCUUCGUAUGGAGGGCAAUACUUUAGGAGUGGAUGCAGCUGAAGAGAUUGCUAAAGCUCUCGGCCAUCACCCAGAAUUUGAGAGAGCACUCUGGAGUGACAUGUUUACAGGCAGAUUAAAGACAGAAAUUCCUGUUGCAUUGAAACAUCUUGGUGCUGCCAUCAUUGGAGCUAAAUGCCGCCUUGUUGAGAUAGACUUGAGUGAUAAUGCUUUUGGUCCAAAUGGUGUUGUGGGCCUUGUUGACUUGCUGAAAAGUGAAAGCUGCUAUAGUUUACAAGAACUAAAAUUAAAUAACAAUGGCCUUGGGAUUGGCGGUGGGAAGAUGUUAGCUGAAUGCCUCAAUGAAUGUCACAAAAGCAGUGUUUCUGCUGGACGACCUCUUUCUCUACGUGUUUUUAUUUCUGGAAGAAAUAGGUUAGAAAAUGAUGGAGCUAUAGCACUGGCGAGUGCCUUUAAGGCCAUUGGGACUCUAGAAUUUCUCGCAAUGCCUCAGAAUGGCAUUAAUCAUCAAGGGAUUUCAGCUUUAGCAGAUGCAGUGGCUGCAAACAAGCAGUUGAAGCAUUUAAAUUUGAAUGAUAACACUUUUACAGCUAAAGGAGCGGAAGCUAUUGCAAAAGCACUACCCAAGCUUUAUAAUCUUGAGGUUAUAAAUUUUGGUGACUGUUUAGUUCGAACUGAAGGAGCAAAAGCCAUUGCAAAUGCUUUGAGGGAAGGCCACAAAAAUUUACAGGAAUUGAUAUUGAGUGGAAAUGAAAUAAACAAAGCUGGAGCUAUUGAUAUUGUUGAAAGCUUAGAAGAUAAAAGUUCUCUGAAAAAGUUAGAUCUGGAUGCAAAUAACUUUGGCGAAGAGGGUUGUGAGGACAUAAAAUCUAUGGUGGAGUCUGUAGGACUUCAAGAGGCUCUGGGAUCAUUGAGUGGUGAUGAAGGCUCAGGGGAUGAAGAUGAGGAUGGAGAUGAUUACGGUGAAGAUGAGGAACCUGACGAAGAAGAUGAUGGUGAAAUCAGUACAGAUUCUAAGCUUCAAAUUAAAGGAGUGGCAAUCACACCUAACAAACCGCAAAUAAGUGCCAGAGAUUUCUUAGCAUUCCCAUCACCAACCAAACUUCUGCAGUUGGGCAAAGAUGGAGGUGACAUGUUUUUAAAGGAACUGGGGGAAGACAGUACAGAUGUUGAAAAGGUCGUCUCUAUGAUAAUAAAGGUGUCACUUGUUAUCAGCAAAGAUGAUGAAGCUAAGCAGAAAGCUUGUGAAUGUGCAGAUAGCCUACUUCAGAAUGUAAUGAAUCAAAACCCAGAAGCUGGCAGUCUUAUCAUUAAUUCUUUUUUGGUCCUGCUGGGAUUACUCAAGGGUGAAGACAAAAAAUUAAAGCCUCCAACUUACAUAACAGGUCCUUUACUAGUUCUAGAACAUGUGGUGAAGCAACCUUAUUUCCCUAAGUUUGGCAGAGACAUACUCCAAAUAUUUAUGAGCAAACCUCAUCCACAAUUGGAAAAGUCAUCUGAUGCGAGGCACAGGUUGCUACAGACAUUGUAUGCAUUUUAAUCAGCACUGUUGUAAAUUUUGUCAUCAUCAAAGGCCACUUUAAUUGAACCAGUUUGAAAUAAUUAUUAUUGAAUAAAAAAUAAUUGUACAUUAAUAAC